AUGUCCGGCUACGAGUACAACCAGCAGGGCGGCUACGGCCAAGGUUACCAGCAGCAGGGUGGCUACGGCCAGGGUUACCCUCAGCAGCAAGGUUACGGCCAGCAGGGCUAUCCCCCUCAGCAAGGCUACGACCAGUACAACCAGCAACAACCGUACGGCGGCGGCUACCAGCAGCAGCAGCCCUACGACCAGAACCAGCAGUACGGUGCUCAGCAGCAGUACGGCCAAGACUCCCGCCAAGGCUAUGAGCAGCAACAACAGGAAGGUGCUCCCGGUGAGGCCCAGGAGGGUGAGCGUGGUCUUGCCGGUGCUCUUGCCGGCGGUGCCGCCGGUGGCUUCAUGGGCCACAAGGCCAACCACGGCUUCCUUGGCACAAUCGGUGGCGCCAUCAUUGGUAGCAUCGCCGAGGAUCAGAUCAAGAAGCACAAGCACCACCAGCCCGAGGGUCCUCCCGGAUACGGUCCCCCCCGGUGCUCCCUCUAG